UAGCCGCCGCUUCGUCCCGCAGACAACAGCCGGUCCGUAUUUCCGAGGAGCCGGGGCGGGGUUAAGACGGGCCAGCCCCACAGGCCACGCCUCCCGGCCACGCCCCCGUCCGCUAGCGUGGUUCUAGCCCGUAGCCUCUGCUUGCCUCGCGCAUCUCUCCGACCGCUGCUCCGCACGCGAGCCAGGCCCGACCGCUGGACGCGGGUCGCUCUCGAAGGAGCUGGUGGUCAGGGGCGGUUCCAUCCGUCUCGGCUGCCCCCAGCGGCCCCGGCUGGGUCGCGGUCCUGGCGGUAGAGCGGGAGGGCGCGAGGAAAGGACCCUCGCCCGCCCCUCCAUCGCGGCGAGCCCGUGGCGUCUGAGAACACGCGGAAAAGCGGAUCGGUCUUUGCAGACCCGGCUCCGGAGCUGCACUGCGCGUGCGCCACGCUGGUAGCAGCGGGAGGCGGCGGUAAUUACCGAUUGUCCUGCUUGGAGGAGGCGCGGCAACCUGGGACCGAGGGGUGGACUGGCUCAUGAUUCCGCCGAUGAUCCGCGCCCUGUAAAGGUUUCUCGGAGCCCGGAGCCCGGCCGGUUCCCAGACCCCUCGGACCGCCCUCGGGAAACCUGCGCGCGGGACCCGGCGGCGGGACUUCGGGAGAGGAAGGUGCAAUGGCCAGAAACUUAUUUGUAAUCAUGAUCCUGACCUUUGCUCUUUGGGUCACAAAUCCCCUUCAUGAACUACAAGCAACAGCUGCUUUCUCUCAGACCACUGAGAAAGUUAAUUCAAAUUGGGAAUCUGGCAUUAAUAUGGACUUGGCGGUUACCAUGCAGCGACAUCAUCUGCAACAGCUUUUCUACCGAUAUGGAGAGAAUGAUUCCUUGUCAGUGGAAGGGUUCAGAAAAUUGCUUCAGAACAUAGGCAUAGAUAAGAUUAAAAGAAUCCACAUACACCAUGACCAUGAGCACCACUCUGACCAUGAACACCACUCUGACCAUGAGCACCACUCUGACCAUGAGCACCACUCUGACCAUGAACACCACUCUGACCAUGAACACCACUCUGACCAUGAGCACCACUCUGACCAUGAGCACCACUCUGACCAUGAACACCACUCUGACCAUGAACACCACUCUGACCAUGAGCACCAUUCUGACCAUGAACACCACUCUGACCAUGAACGCCACUCCCACCGCAGUCAUGCUUCUGGUAAAAGCAAUCGGAAAGCCUUUUGCCCAGAUCAUGACUCUGAUAGUUCAGGUAAAAGUCCUAGAACCAGCCAAGGAAAAGGCUCUCGCCCACCAGAGCACGGGAAUAGUAGAAGGAACGUCAAGGAGAAUGUGAUCGCAAGUGAGGCCACCUCAGCUGUGUACAACACUGUCUCUGAAGGAACUCAAUUUCUAGAGACCAUAGAGACUCCGAAAUCGGGGAAACGCCCCAAAGAUGUAAACCCGUCUACCCCACCCAGCAUCACAGAGAAGAGCCGAGUGGGUCGACUGAGCCGGCCUGCCAGUAGAAAAACCAAUGAGUCUGUGAGUGAGCCCAGAAAGAGCUUUAUGUAUUCCCGAAACACAAAUGACAAUAUCCAGGAGUGCUUCAAUGCGACAAAGCUGCUGACGUCCCAUGGCAUGAGCAUCCAGGUCCUGUUGAAUGCAACGGAGUUUAACUAUCUCUGCCCAGCCAUCAUCAAUCAAAUUGAUGCGCGGUCUUGUCUGAUUCAUACAGCAAGUGAGAAGAAGGCGGAAAUCCCUCAAAAGACCUAUUCUUUACAAAUAGCCUGGCUUGGUGGCUUCAUAGCCAUUUCCAUCAUCAGCUUCCUGUCCCUGCUGGGGGUCAUCUUGGUGCCACUCAUGAACCGGGUGUUUUUCAAGUUCCUGCUGAGCUUCCUCGUGGCACUGGCCGUCGGGACUCUGAGUGGAGACGCUCUAUUACAUCUUCUCCCACAUUCUCAUGCAAGUCACCACCACAGUCACAGCCAUGAAGAACCAGCGAUGGAAAUGAAAAGAGGCCCACUGUUCAGUCACCUGUCGGCGCAGAACCUAGAAGAAAGCACCUAUUUUGAUUCCACGUGGAAAGGUCUGACAGCGCUAGGGGGCCUGUAUUUCAUGUUUCUUGUGGAACACGUACUCACGUUGAUCAAGCAAUUUAAAGAUAAGAAAAAAAAGAAUCAAAAGAAACCUGAAAAUGAUGAGGAUGUGGAGAUUAAGAAGCAGCUGUCCAAGUACGAAUCCCAGCUUUCCACAAAUGAGGAGAAGGUGGAUGCCGGUGAACGACCUGAAAGCUAUCUACAAGCAGACUCCCAGGAACCCUCCCCUUUUGACUCCCAACAGCCAACAAUGCUGGAAGAGGAAGAGGUUAUGAUAGCCCAUGCACACCCACAAGAAGUCUACAACGAAUACGUGCCCAGGGGCUGCAAGAACAAGUGCCAUUCACACUUCCAUGACACACUGGGCCAGUCGGAUGACCUCAUUCACCACCAUCAUGACUACCAUCAUAUUCUGCAUCACCACCACCACCAGAACCACCACCCCCACAGCCACAGCCAGCGCUACUCUCGAGAGGAGCUGAAGGACGCUGGCAUUGCCACACUGGCCUGGAUGGUGAUCAUGGGCGACGGGCUGCAUAAUUUCAGUGACGGCCUGGCGAUUGGUGCUGCUUUCACUGAGGGUCUGUCCAGCGGGCUAAGCACCUCUGUUGCUGUGUUCUGUCAUGAACUGCCUCAUGAAUUGGGUGACUUUGCUGUUUUACUAAAGGCCGGCAUGACCGUCAAGCAAGCUGUGCUCUAUAAUGCCCUGUCGGCCAUGCUGGCGUACCUUGGAAUGGCAACAGGGAUAUUCAUCGGGCAUUAUGCAGAAAAUGUGUCUAUGUGGAUAUUUGCACUCACUGCCGGCUUGUUCAUGUAUGUCGCUCUGGUUGACAUGGUACCCGAAAUGCUGCACAAUGAUGCUAGUGACCACGGAUGCAGCCGUUGGGGCUACUUCUUCCUGCAGAAUGCUGGGAUACUCCUGGGUUUCGGGAUUAUGUUACUCAUUUCCAUAUUUGAACAUAAAAUUGUGUUUCGUAUAAAUUUCUAAUUAGGUUCUAAACCCUAGAGUAGCUUGAAGAAGCAUUGCUGUUUGUAGUUGGAGUAGAUGAAAGAAGUAUGUCCAUAUGCUGUGAUACACAGCAUUUAAAACUAGUGGAUUUUGUGAUUUUUGUAUCAAAUUUUGCCAUUUGUUAUGCUUAUAAAGUCAGUUACAUCGGGUAACAUAAAGGUACGUUUUAAUAUUUAAGUUAUUCUGUUUUGGAAAUGUAAAUUCUAUGUGUGAUCCACCAGUAUUACCGGUUUAUUGUAUGUUUUGGCAUGACAUGUUCUGUAUAUUUUAGAGGAAGUGUCUUUAAUACUCUUUUGUACAACUUGAACAUUAGUUCCCUGCUGGAGUUAGGCCCCUGCAGACCUGCUAGUGGUGAGGAAGGAUGGGCACAGAGCCACAGAUGCCAACAGUUUGGACCGAAUGUAGCCAAGAAAUAGGAAGAAAGGAGAACUGAAGGCCUGGGGAGGUGUCCAUUGCUUAGAAAAAAAUCACAAUUGAUUUUAAUGUAGAGAGGAAGAUUUCUAGAUGUGUUAGCGACAUAGUUAGUGUAGAGUGUAUUCGUGAACAUCGUCAGAUUGUUAAUGUUCCUGUAAAAACAGUGAGCACUUUUGAUACACUUAAUUUGGUUGCGUAUUUGUUCAUGUAAUAGAGAAGUCUAAAUAUAUUUAGUUAAUCCAAGCAGUGUGUCAGUUGACAAAAACUAGGAUUUUAAAUCUGUGUAUAGAAAUAGGCCAAAUGAGUAACUAAUGUAUGUCACCAGAAGACUUGGUUUUCAUCAAGGGAUGUUACACUCAAAGUUACGUGAUCGGGUGUUCUGGUUGUCUAGGUUCCCAAGUGGCAAGUAUUAAAACCUUGAUCCACAUGAGGACGUUAAGACUCAUUCUGAAUAUAUUUUGACUUCUUGGAUUCAGAAAGCACUUGCUCUCUUUCAGUGUUUUAAAAUGUCAUUGUGAGCAACCAUCCUUUUAUGUAUGGCACUGUAGAUACAUUAGGGCUGUCUUAGCACUGUCUAGAUGUUUCUUAAGAAAAUAAAGCGUCAACUCAA